GCGGCUGGAAAAAAAAUACUACAUCACAUAAUCUCCACUUUCAUGGCUACCAAAAUCCUAGCAUCUCCAAGCCAUAGUUUUGAGAACGAAUGCAAGGAAAUUCACGAAUCACGGGGAAGAUCGAACCAGUUGAUCCGAGCUUUGGCCGGUCGAACUCAGCUUGAAUGCAGGCGAAUCAGAGAGACUUACAAGGAAAUGUACGGGGAAGAUUUGAUAACUCUGCUGGCAAAAACUAGCCAUCGUAGUGUAUCGCCCAAAACUUGCGCAGCUUUGUCCCUUUGGAUGCUCGAUCCUUAUGAACGUGACGCCAUUGUCGCUCGCGAAGCUCUUCUGCAAGAUGAUACUAAUUAUACGGCUCUGGUUGAAAUUUUUGUGGGACGAAAAUCAAGUCAUAUUGCACUUAUUAAACAAGCUUAUCACUCCAAGUACAAAACUAAUAUGGAUCAAGAUAUCAUCAAUAUUGAGCCUCCCCACCCUUACCAGAAGAUUCUGGUUGCAUUAUCCACAUCGCACAAGGCACACCAAGCAGAUGUUAGCCAACAUACAGCGAAAUGCGAUGCGAGGAGGCUUUACGAGACAGGGGAAGGAAGCCCUGGUGCCAUUGAUGAAGGUCUCGUGCUUGAGAUUUUCACUAAAAGAAGCAUUCCACAUCUUAAGCUGACAUUAUCUUUCUAUAAACAUAUCUAUGGGCAUGAUUACACAAAGUCAAUCACUGAUGGCAGUUCUGGGGAGUUUAAGGAUGCAUUAAAGAUGGUUGUAAAAUGUAUUUGCAACCCAACUAGCUAUUAUGCAAAGGUUUUAUUCGCUAGCAUCAAAGGGAUGACAGCUGAUAGAGGAGCCGUAACACGAGUGAUGGUGAGCAGAUCCGAAACGGAAAUGGAUGAAAUUCAAAAGGUUUUCAAGGCAAAAUUCGGAGUUGAACCGAGAGAAGCCAUAUGUGAAAGCAUUCCCUCUGGGGAUUACAGAGACUUCCUUCUUGCUUUAGCUAAUAAAACAGUCGUCUCCUUUUAGCUCUGGUAUAAACUCGUAUGUCGUAGUUAUCCGGACCCUUCAUUUUCUUUAAAGCAGAUAAAAAAAUAUCGACACUCGUAUCAAAUAUAAACUUGUAUGUAACACUCACGUCCAAGUCCGGAUAACAUAACUUCGAAUAGAUAAUAUAGCAUUAUAGCUUUACUGUAUCAUGUAAUAAAAGCAUUCCCAGAGAAUUCCAGCCAGUUGUUUAAAGCAAAAUCUCAAAAAUUGAAG